AUGGCAGACCACCAGGAGCAAUCCUCUUAUCCGCCCCCCGACGACCAAAAGAUGAGCGAGAUGAAGCAGCAGCCCGUCGACGAAGACGGCGAGUUGAGCGUGCAGUCCGGCUCCGACCUGGCCAAUGCCCAGCUCGAUCCGGCCAAGGAGAGGAAGCUGCUGCUCAAGCUGGACGUCAACUUUGUGCCGAUUAUCAUGUUUGCCUACCUGACGUGCUUUUUGGACCGCGGGAACAUCGGAAAUGUCAAGGUCGCUGGCAUGCCCGAGGACAUUGGUGCUUCCACCGAGCAGUGGUCGACCGCCGUGUCCAUCUUCUACGCAACCUAUGUCACCUUUGAGACGCCGCUGGCUAUGCUGAUGAAGAAGGUCACGCCGCGGCUCAUGCUCAGUGUCAUCUGCGUCGUGUGGUCUCUGACCACCAUCUUCACGGGCUUUGUCAACAGCGUCGGCGGCUUGUAUGCCAGUCGUCUGGUGCUCGGUGCCUGCGAGGCGGGUCUGUUCCCCUGCUUGAACCUGUACAUUUCCAUGGUGUACCGCCGCGAAGAACAGGCCAAGAGGGUGUCGUAUCUCAUGAGCUGUGCGGCGCUGUCCGGUGCGGUGGGUGGAUUGUUGGCUUAUGGCUUGCUGCAGAUGGACGGCGUGGCAGGUAAAGCUGGAUGGAGAUGGGUGUACAUCAUUGAAGGAUUGUUCAGUAUUGUUAUUGCGGUAUGGAUCUGGUUCGGCCUGCCGACUGACCCAGCCACUGCAUACUUCCUCAACGACGAGGAGAAGUGGAUGAUGCAAGUGCGCAGGGAGCAGUCGAGGCGUUAUCUGGGCCCAGACAAGUUCGACUGGAAAGAAUUCCGGAUUGAAAUGCGCGAUCCGAAGCUCUACCUCAGUGCCGCCAUUCAAUUCUGCCAGGAUAUCAUGCUCUACGGCUUCAGCACCUUCUUGCCCGCCAUCCUCCGCAGCAUGGGAUACAAUACCCUCCAGAGCAACGCCCUGACAGUGCCCGUCUAUAUCUGGGGAGUGAUCAGCUUCACAGCCCUCGCCUGGUGGGCCGACCGCAUCACGCGCUUUGCGCCCUUCCUAAUCGGCGCCAACAUCAUCUCCAUCAUUGGAUACAUCCUCCUCCUUGCCGUCAAGACCAACGAAGCAGUGCGCUACUUUGCCACUUAUCUCUGCGUCGUGGGAUGCUAUCUGGGCCCCGGUAUCAAUCUGGCCUGGCUCAAUGUCAAUGUUGCGCCGCAUCACCGUCGCUCCACCGCUGUUGGCGUCCAGCAGUCGAUUGCCAACACAGCCGGUAUUGUGGCCGGUCAGGUGUACCGUUCCUCGCCGUAUGUGCUGGGUAAUGCCUUUUCGCUGGGCGCCGUGUGUCUUUCUCAGCUACUGGUUUUGACCAAGACUUUGUAUCUCAAGAGACAGAUUACUGUCAAGGAGCGUAUUGCCGAGGGCGAAGAGGAUAAGCGAAAGGUGACCCAUGGCGAUCGCGCUGUGGACUAUAAAUAUUUCUACUAA